AGCAAGAAACAUAAAUAACCAAUGCAACAUGUGCUGUAUAGCUGAGUUUACUCAUAAACAAAUGCUUACAGCCACAUUAAUGGAUCAAUGGGCCGUUCUUUGAACACUGGUGGUUGUACAAUGUGUAAACACAACUGUCAUCACCUCAUAAAGUGAUAAACAAUCAACUAUUCAGCAGUUCUAGAAAAUAUUAUCAUUCAUUUGGAGUCAUGUUUCUGGCUACCUGAUGGAUGACCAAUGUCCAAUAAUCACUCUCCUUUUAGCUCUGGUUUGGUCUCCAAACUCCUGAGGAAAAUAAUGUGGCAGCUGCUAAAUGUUCCACCAAACAGUUAGCUAGUUACUAUUUCUAGCUCUUUUUAGCAGGCAUGUAGCAUGCCGUGUGUGUUUUGGGAGCCCUUUUCUGUGGUAGUGAGAAUGAACCAAAAUGUACCAAAACAAUGAGCUGAAAGAUGCUUAAGUGCCCUGUAGAGCAGAAGCAAACUGCAAAGUCAGGUGAUAAUUCUCGUGGGUUUGUCCCAUUAAACAUUAAAAUCCAUUUGGUUAACAGCAGCUAAUCUUUUUCAGAAAUAAAAGCACAUAUUUUCAUCAUCAUGUGAAUUUCCAGUGGGUUGGUAGCGUAGGGAAAAUUUUCCAGGAGAAAUAGGGCAGGCCACCUGUUUUGAAUGUACGUGAUGUGUUGCUUUAAAAGUCAGAAUAGAAGAAACAAGAGAAGACUGCCCCCAAAGAGAUCAUCUGCGACUCUUCUCCGUCACAGAAAACACAGACAAUGGAGAGGGGAAUGUUUGGCAUAUUGGUACUCUCAGCCCUGUGCGAGUUCACACCCUGUCUUCAUCAUCGUCAGUACCACUUCAACAAUGAGCCCAAAACUUGGCCUGAAGGCCAGAAAUAUUGUAGAGAGAAACACACCGAUUUGGCCUCUGUCAGCGACGAGCACGACCUGGAGGAACUAGCUGGUCUGAUUCACUCUGAUGUUCCACAUGUAUUCUUGGGUUUGUACAGAAGUUGGGGGUGGUCAAUGUCAGAUGCUGAUGACUACAAAGAGGGAGAAGUGGCCUACUGGAAGUGGGCCAGUGGUCAACCCAAAACACAUUACUGUGGUAGCAUAGGAUCGACUGGAGAAUGGUUUGCUGCAGACUGCAAGAGCAAUUUGAACUUCUUCUGCUACAAUGGGUCCACCACUGAUAUUUCUCAGAGGUUUACUUUGGGGAAUGGCUUCAUGAACUGGCUCGAUGCUCAGGCUUACUGCAGGAAACUGCACACAGACCUGGCCAGAGUGCGGAACCAGCUUGAAAAUGAACAGCUGCAGAGGACUGUGAACAACAGCCCGGUGUGGAUUGGGUUGACGGGCAUGUCCUGGAUAUGGUCCGAUGGGAGCGAACCCUCAUUCACACCCUGGAGACUGAUUCGUGGACUCGGUGACUGUAGCGUACUUAUGGUCAACAGCGACCCUCUUGUAAUGAAAGACCUGAGUUGCGAUGAAAAACUGCCCUUUUUUUGCUAUACUGAUCCACGGAGGAAACACUUAAUGAGACUGCAGCUGACUGCUGACGACAACUCUGUGGACAUUAAAGACCUGGCUGUGAGGGAGGCAGUCUUGAAAUGGGUGGAAAGGAAGAUGUAGGACCUUGUCCUCGUCUUCCUCUACAAGAGACGCUUUAUCAGUCUCUUGAUUCAACAAUCAUCAUAUUAUUUUGAUUAUGUUCCACCAGGAGAGUUUUCAAGGCCUCCUCUUUCCCCUUCACCUUUUUGACCCAGGAGGGGAGGUGAGACUGUGGCGCCGACAGUAUCCUGCACCAAGAGCCUGGUUCUUUUCAGAUUCUCAGAUGGGAUCUCUAGGUGUCAAUUUGCUUUAUCCUCUUCCACAGAUCAGAACGACACCCUACACCUAAAGUGGAUCGUGUGUGAUAAUUAAGUGCCUUUUUAGUUGUAAAUUCCUAUGGAAUAGACAUGGAAUGUGUUUGCAUCUCCUUGAUCUAAAUUGUAUCACCUCCAGAGAGAAACUCCUCUGGAAUCCACAUCUGGUAUUCUGACACCCCUUCCUCUAAAGUGUAAAUUACGAUGUUUUCUUUUGAUAGUGGACAUUCCAAUCUAGGAAGCAGUAACAACAGUUGCACGGAUAUAGAUUUAGUUCUGUUGUAGUAUUAUGUUAAAAUUUCAUCUUCUCAAAAUUAACAGAUUGCCAUCCAGCAUGAGAAGAUCGCAAAUGUAAUGUUUGUCUGAUGUUUCUGUCUUCAGAUUGGACUAAAUUACAAAAUCAUGUGUAAAAUGCUUGAAUGUUUGAUUGAGCCACAGUGCCACCUUUUGGUAAGAUUCUGGUAUAGCAUAAGGUAUCUUCAAAACAGAUUUUGUUUUAUAGUUGUGUAUUAUUCCAAACGGUAAAUGCCUGACACACAAUUUUAUAACAAGAAUUAAGCUAACACUAUAUGAAAUAUGUACAAUCCAUUAGUGUUGCUUCAUAUGCAUGUUUGUGACAUUUUAACUAGGUCUGCUUUUAUUUUUACAUCAAGUAAUUUCGGUUAUGUUAUGUUAAAACAUGUAAACUA